AUGUCUUCCAGACUACCAGCGUUCUUUCAAUGGCUCUUCCCAAUCUCGGACCUCGAUGGCAGAGUCGGAAACAGUACGAAUUCUACAAACCCUUUAUCAAACACCAGUGCUAUCAAUAGUAGCUUUAUUGAAAAGGCUGUCUUGUUCGUCAAUGGGGAAGCGGAGCUGGCAGCGAGUGGCCUGACACCAUUGUUUCGCUGGGAAUGUGUAUUUAUGCCAGAAAACGGUGCCUUUUUUGUAAAUUAUGUCAUCACGUCAGCCUUUAUCGGAACAGCCUCUACUCUUGUUAGAUUGCCGCAGCUUCUACAUUAUAUCUUCCGUCUUAUGUCAGCCAGAUCCGAAGCUGAAACUGUGCGAGCCAGGCAGGUUAUGUCAGUUUACGCAUUACUCUUACCGAGGGCUUCAUUCUAG